AUGGACGAAUUAACGAGUGUGGAAGAGCUGAGAAGGCAGCUUCGAGAGGCAGAGCAACGCGCAGAAAAAGAGCAGCAACGCGCAGAAAGAGAGCAGCAACGUGCGGAAGAAGCGGAGAAAGAACGGCAGCAGGAGCGACAACGCGCGGAAGCGUCAGAACAACAAACUCGACCCACUACACUUGACGAAUACAUCGCUGCCUGCCAUGAUCUGGUUUUCUCCAGCUUUAACAUUAAACGGGACCAGAAACUAACCUCGAAGGGGCCUAUCACCAACCCACGAAAUAAAUGGUGCCCCACAAAUGUCCGGCCAUGGUCCGACUUUAUUCAGCAACAGAGAAUAACAUUCGGCACAGUUUACGACACCUUCCCUGCCGACAGCCGUGUCUUUGAGAAUCGAGCUUUCCUCACCGGUUUAGGGAAAAGGAUCUCAGUGCGUAAGAUAGCAGACGAGAAGACGCUCGAGUCCUUCUUGCACAGCAGUGUCGAGGAUCCUGUCAAAGCGAUUAUAGGGAAGCUUAAAGAGGUGGAAGGGGUCAGAAGCGCAUUUGACCUAGGGAACGGAAUAAUUUUCGAGAAUUAUCCACAUACCAUCAGCGACGUUGCAGAGGAGGUGGUAUACCGCGAUACCCCAUCGACCCCACCUGCUACUCCAAACCACAGUCUCGAUUUUAACAGGCUGCGACCCGAUCAGAUCUGCGUCUACCGAUCCAACGACGCGGGCUCGGAAAGACGCACAAUGAUUUACAUUUCCGAGUACAAACCACCCCACAAGCUAACCGCGCCGCACCUUCGCGUUGGUCUACGCCCGAUGAAUAUUUACAAGGAAGUGGUUAACCGGAAGACCAUCCCAACGUCGAUGGACCCAGAUGCACGUUUCCAGUACCACGCCGAGAGGCUGACUGCGGCCGCCAUUACGCAAACCUACCACUAUAUGAUUGAAGGGGGACUCGAGUAUGGUUUAUUAACGACGGGCGAAGCGAUCGUGUUUCUCAAGAUCGACUGGCGCGAGCCUGAAACGCUUUUUUAUCACCUUGCAGAGCCUAAUGCUGAAGUGUUGGCCCAUCCGGACCAUUUUCACUUGUGCACGGCAGUCGGGCAGUAUCUAGCCUUUAGCCUCAUGGCGCUGGGUCUACCGGGUGAAAAACGAUUGCGUGGGCAAGACGAGCGCCACCAGGCUACUCAGAAGCUGAAGACUUGGGUGGAAGAUUUCGAUACAACGCUCAGAUCGAUUCCAGAGGACGAGCGACUCGCGCCGGACAGUUCACCCGGCUAUCAACCCGAAACUUAUAAAGGUGUCGAUCGAUCUCCCUACCUUCUCCGGAGAAGAAGACAUCGGCAUGUGGGCGAUGAGCCUAAGAAGGAAUACGAGCAUAGAGAGCCAGGAGAAUCAUCAGACGACGAAUCAGCACGGGAUUUGCCAGACACACCGAGCCCGACAGAACGGCGGAUACGCAGAAAAGGUCGGGGAGCUCAGGGAGCUCGACGCAGCGAGCGGAUUCUAGCUCGACGGCCGCGGGGUGGGGGCGGAGAAGGAAGCAACGAGAAAGACAGGCCCUACUGCACCCAAAAGUGCCUGUCAGGGCUCGUCAAGGGCGGAUUGCUCGACGCAAAAUGCCCUAACAUGGCACUACACAACAGGCAGCCCAGCUCUCACAGCAACCGCAAUAGUGGCCCAAGCCGCGCCUGUGCCCGUCAUCCAAUAAACCGCGCCGAAUUUCUCAAUCUGCUCUUCGAGCAGCUACAACGGUCAUUAGAUAAGGGGAUUACGCCGUUGGGCUAUGGAGGUGCACGCGGCGUAUUAUUCAAGGUUUGCCUGGUUAACUAUGGUUAUACCUUUGUCGGCAAGGGCACGGUUCGGGCAUUUGUAAAAGACCUUGAGCACGAGGCGGCGGUUUACACACGUCUGCAACCCAUCCAAGGUGUAUAUGUGCCCGUCUUUCUCGGGGUCAUCGAUCUCCGGAUAAUGAACAGGGUGUACUACUAUGACCAUCGUGUCUACGUAAUACAUAUGACGUUCUUGUCGUGGGGGGGAUGUGACCUUGAUGCGACAGGGAUCACGGGUGGUGGGGAGGAAGAGCUCGAAAGGAAGGCAAUGCGGUCGUUGCACGCAGUGCAUUAA